AUGGAUAUCCCAAGCAUCAUUCUUAGGCUUUUAACAGAUGGAAUUGUGGAUGGAGAGUAUCAUGAUUCUUUGAGUUCUCUAAAUGAGCUCCUCAGGCCUAUACAGUAUGAAGCCGUUGGAUGGCCAGAUGGAUCAUGUAUUGUUCUAAAGGAUAACCAUAGUUCAUAUCCUCCUGAUUCUAGAACAAAAGAAAUAGAGGAUGUGUUCAAAAAAGUUGUACGGGGGAUUUCUGUUUCUGGAGAAGUGGUAGAUAUGCUUAUUAGAGAGAGAUGGAUGGAAAGCACCUCAGAAGGAUACCGAUUGAGUAAAAGGUCAUUAGUGCAGCACAAAGACUUUAUUCUUGGAUUGGGAGAAGGAUACACAGUAUGUGAUGUUUGUGGAUUUCUUAGAUCUGAGAAUGAAGUUCAUAAGUUCUGCAAGGAACUUUUAGAAAGCGAAAGAGGCUUUGGAAGAAAAAAGAAUUGA